CAAUAAGAAUUGACUUUAAUGUUGAGAAACGCUUUGUUAACUAAUAGUAGAUGAAAACAAGAAAAAUAUCCCAAAAAUAGUGUAUAAAACGGAAAUAUGCAAAUGUUUAUUAAAAAAAUACAACAGCGAAAUUAACGGUGCAGAUUUUAUAGGGUAGUUUUAGAAUAUUUGAAAAUUUAAACACAGCUGGCGGUCUAAUUGAAGACAUAAUUGAAAUUAAAACUUGGAAUUUACUACUUAUUUUAGUUAAACGAAAACCAAAAAAUUGUACGUAAAAUAAAAUGGCAUUAAACGCUGAAGAUAUUGCUGAGAUUAAGAAGACCUGGGCUAUUCCAGUGGCCACACCAACUGAUUCCGGUGCCGCAAUUCUCAUCAGAUUUUUCACAAAAUAUCCGUCCAAUUUGGAAAAAUUCCCAUUCCGUGAUGUGCCAGUGGCAGAAUUGAAUAAUAGCGCACGUUUCCGUGCCCACUGUGGUCGUAUCAUCAAGACUUUUGAUCAAUCAAUCAGUCAACUGGGAGAGGAAGGAGGUCUGGAGAAAAUUCAGGACAUUUGGCAAGGAAUUGCCAGCUCGCAUGUCCAACGCCAUAACAUUCCCAAGCCCUCAUACUUUGAACUGCGCGAAGCCAUUGUGGAAGUGCUCAGCGAAGCGUGUAAUUUAAACGAACGUCAAGCGGAAGCCUGGAACAAAUUGCUGGAUAUUGUGUACGACAUCAUCUUCAAGAAGUACGACGAUUUGGGAGCCCAAUAAUGCUGGAGGAACUACAGGAAAGCGGCAGAUUACUGAAAUUGUAUACAUACACAUGCAUGAAUCACACGUUGCAUAUGGAACCAAAGUAAAUAAAUGAAAACACACAGCACACAAAGGGACACUCACACGCACAUGCAUACCUUCAUACAUAUGCAUAUUCAUUUAGGGGAUAUCAACAUUGACGCUUUAACCUGCUUUUUGUAGCGCAAAUAUAUUUAAGUGUGACGGCAAAUUAAAUGAUUAAAUGGAGAAUUUAGUGUUAAACAAAAAGAAAAAAAGAAAUAUAAUACUAUAGUAAAAUAAAAAAAAAUAUCUUAAAACAUAUCUCAAAGCAAACCAUACAGCUUAACAAGACACCAAUACCGCAGACCACCACCACCAGCCAGCCGCAAUAACCAGGCGCCACGCUUACGAAAAAAACGCCUUGGCUUUGUCAUUGUUGCUGCUGCUGCCUGUUUCCCUUUUGAAGCGUCGCGAGGCGCUAUUGUUUGUUAUUUUGUGCACUUUCUGUAGCUGUUGUUGUUACACCUCUAUAUACAUACCUCUGGGCAUACAUAUCUGAACGCAGUGGUUGUUGUUCGUUGUUGCAUUUUGUGUACAUGUGUAUACCACCCAUAGAAAAUUUCUGUGUCUAGGCCGCUAUAUUUAAAUGUACAUACAUAUAUACUGACAUAUGUAUACCGAACCAGAUAUACACACCCACAUAAACAUAUACAUAUAUAAACAAAUGUGCUAUGUACUCUUAAUGUUUCCGUUUACCUCUUAAAAGUAUAUAAUAUAUUUAAAAAAAAAAA